AUGCUCAGCAAAACUAUUGUCGCAGCCCUUCUAGGCUUCGUAUCUCUGACCAAUGCUGCUAAGAAGUGCCCCGUUGCCGACGUUUCCGCCAUUGCCCACACUGGCACUCCAAUUGGCGAGGAGGUCAAGUACAAUGGGCUGACCCAAUAUGUCACCAAGCCAAGCACGCGUGGUAAUAGGACUGUUGGAGUCCUUUACCUGACCGACGUUUUCGGAAUCCAGCUCGCGCAAAACAAGCUCCUGUCCGACAGCUUUGCUCGCGCCGGUUACAUCUCCGUCGCGCCGGACCUGUUCAACGGCAGCCCCGCCCCGAACGAUAUCAACAUCCCCGGCUUCAACACGACGGCAUUCCUUGCGCAGCACGGACCCAACGUCACUGACCCGAUCAUCGCCAACUCCAUCAAGUACCUGCGCGAGGAACUCGGCGUGAGCAAGGUCGCCGUCACGGGAUACUGCUUCGGAGGCCGCUACUCUUUCCGCGUCCUCGCCGAGGGCAAGGGCGCUGAUGUCGGCUUCGCCGCGCACCCAAGUCUUCUUACCGAUGAGGAGAUUACGGCCAUCACUGGUCCCGCGAGUGUCGCUGCCGCCGGUACGUUGAAAUCCCGGCCCCUCUCCUCCCAGGAGGACACAUGCAGAAGGGUACCUGGACUGUUCCUUGUUAUUGACAAUGCCGCUGUAGAAACUGAUAACCUCAUGUCACCCGCUCGUCGUGCCGAGGUCGAGGCCCUCCUCAGUGAGACUGGCCAGCCCUUCUCCCUCGCUGUGUAUGGUGGUACCUCGCAUGGAUUCGGCGUUCGCGCCAAUAUUUCGGACCCCAGACAGAAGUUCGGCAAGGAGGAGGCUUUCUUCCAGGCUGUUCGCUUCUUUGACACCUGGGCUUGA